AUGAUGGACGUAACCAGCAUGUACGGCAAUCAUCAUCCUCAUCACACCAACACCUAUCAUGCAGCUGGAGCUGUGGCUCCUGAUAUGACCACUGUGGCUGCUGCAGCCGCCGCUAAUGGCUAUACGAAUGCCUAUUUUCCCAAUACCACGGUUAUGGGUGGUCAUGCUGGCAUGAUGCAUCCUCAUCAUCAACAGCCACAUCACCAUCAAACACAACAACAAACUCCACCACUGCAUCAACAACAUGGCCAACCAUCACAAUUAACCCCACCACCCAGUCAACCGUCCGCUGGCCAUCACAGCCAAGCUUCUUCUUUGUAUGCCAGCCACUCGCACUCGCAUCUCUUUAGCCCCACUGCUGCAGAAUAUGGCAUUACCACAUCGAAUACCUUAAAUGCCGCCACACCCACUCAUCCCUCCACCCAUGCCAGUCAAUCGCCCUCGGAAGCCGUCUAUUAUGAUAAUGAUUCGGUACAUGCCUACUAUGCCACAGUACCACCGGCCAGUACAAAUUCUCCCAUUACUCCGGCCAAUACCACCGGUGCUACACAGCCUGCACAAAAUGUUAGCAACGAUCCACCAAUUAUCAGCUCGGAGAAUGGUCUCAGCUAUACCAAUUUGGAUUGCCUUUAUAAUCAAAAUUCACCCCAUCAACAGGUCAACUAUAUGGCGGCAGAGGAAAAAUAUGCCUCAGUUUUACAUUCCCAAUAUAGUCUGGAUGAUAAUCUGAUGCAUAUGAAUAGCCAACAAACAGCCUCCAACGCAGUCAAUCAACAACAUUCUCCCCAGCUAUGGCAUCAUCCACAUCAGCAUCCCAUGGCGGCUGGUGGUUAUGGUCAUGGUUUGGAUGCAAAUGGUUUGCCCUUAGAUAGCUAUCAAAUGCAUUCACAUUUACAUGGCCACAAUAUGGCAGGACAACAACAUUUAUCCUCCGCAUCUGCAACAGCUUCUCACCAUCAUAUGGCUGGCCAAUUGGCUGCUGGUGGUAUGGUCAACCAUCAAACAGGACUAAUGCAACAACAUGCAUCACCAAAUAGCAUUGGCUCCAACGCUUGUAUGGCCAAUAAUUCACGUAACCAACAUGUGGUAUCUCCCGGUGGAACAACCAGCACCACAUCAACAGCUUCAACAAAUACCUCUGCUUCAUCAUCGUCGUCAUCAACAGCAUCAGCAGCGUCUUCAUCAUCAACAGCAUCAUCGGCGAAUGGUUCCGCCAAUAGUUCGGCGGCCGGACAAGCCAAAUCACCAAAUCAAACGGGAAAUUUACCCACCUACAAAUGGAUGCAAUUGAAACGGAAUGUACCCAAACCACAAGCACCAAAACUACCUGCCACUUUGCAUGAUUAUCAUCACCUGAACGGUGCUGGUCAGACAGCCCUGGAUGCAAUGUGUCGUAAUGCUGCAGCGGCCGGUGGCAAUGCUGGCCCAGCCGGACUGGUAUUGUCAUCACAUCAAAUGCCUGGACAGCAGACACCAGCCGUUCUACUAAGCGGUAAUCAUAGUCCAAAUAGUUUGGGCAUGGCAUGCAGCCUAGCGGCAACGAAUAAUUCCGGUCGCACCAAUUUCACCAAUAAACAAUUGACGGAACUGGAAAAGGAAUUCCAUUUUAAUCGUUAUUUGACAAGAGCGCGGCGUAUUGAAAUUGCCAAUACACUGCAGUUGAAUGAAACACAGGUUAAAAUAUGGUUCCAAAAUCGACGCAUGAAACAAAAGAAACGUGUCAAGGAGGGUCUGAUACCAGCCGAUAUUAUGGCUCAGCACACUGUCUCCACCACUACCACAGCGACAUCGCCACCUGCUAAUAACAACAACAACAAUAGCAACAACAAUGCAAACAAUUCCGCCUGCUCUACACCGAAUAGCAUUAUCAACUCGGCUAAAAGUAAUGUUAACAGCAAAUGUACCAGCAGCAAUGUUAGCAACAUGAAAACAAAUCCAUCAACAACAGCAUGCAAUAACAGUGCCACACUAACAGAAUGUCAGCUGGCCAUGCAACAUAACAGUGACAAUAGCAGAGAAUCAAUGUGA